AUGGCCACCGCUUGCGAUAUUUCGUUCGAUGAGAUGGCCAUGGCCUUGAGCUACAUUUCCCUUGGUGGCACCGCGGCGGCACCAGCGAGCUCCGCGCGAGGGUUGCCAUCCUUGGCACCAGUGAAGCAGGAGAAGAAGGCCGCCAAGAAGCCCGAGGCGGACGACGAUUAG